UCCUCAACAAACCAAACAGCUAUGGAAGCUUCACUCACCUAUCUCCUAACUCUUGCACUCCUCCCUCUCUCCCUUUCCCUCAUCAUCAUCCUCCGAAAGCGCGGUUCGCCCGGCCGGAACGUCCCUCCGGGCUCAGGCGGGUGGCCGGUGGUCGGAGAAAACGUGGAGUUCGCCAUGUUAGGGCCGCAGAGGUUCAUCAAGGAGAGGAUGGAGAAGCACUCGCCGGAGGUUUUCCAGACGUCGAUUUUAGGGGAGAAAAUGGCGGUGUUCUGUGGGGCCCAGGGGAACAAGUUCUUGUUCACGAACGACGGCAAGGUGCUGACGUCAUGGUGGCCGGAAUCCAUGAAAAAGGCGCUUCUAUUCCCGGAGUUUUACGAAAACUCGUUGAAAGACGUUUCUGCCCUCCAGCGAGGAUUCCUCCACGAGAUUCUAAAACCGGAGGCGUUAAAACAGUAUAUUCCCGCGAUGGAUUCUUUGUCGCGGGAACACAUGGCGGCGGAUUGGCACCCAAACGACGUCGUAAAGGUCUUCCCGCUCGCCAAAAACUACACGUUCGCCCUCGCCUGCCGCCUCUUCAUGAGCAUCUCCGACCCCGACCACAUCAAAAAACUGUCGGACCCUUUCCUCCUCGUAACCAACGGGAUGUUCUCCGUGCCCAUAGACCUCCCGGGGACGGCGUACAACCGCGCAAUUAAAGGCGGGAGGAUGGUGAGGGCGGAGCUGAUGAGGAUCAUCACGGCGCGGCGGAGGGAAUUGGCGGCGGAGGAGAGGAAAGAGACGGCGGCGCCGGCGGGGAGAGAUUUGUUGUCGAAGAUGUUGUUGGUGAGGGACGAGAAUGGAAGGGAAUUGAGCGAGAUGGAGAUAUCGAAUAAUAUUAUUGGGAUGUUAGUGGCGAGCUAUGAGACAACGAGCAGCGCAGUUACCUUUGUGUUGAAGCACCUGGCUGAUCUUCCCCAUGUUUAUGAUGGAGUUCUCAAGGAACAAAUGGAGAUUGCAAAGACAAAAGGGGCAGACGAGUUGCUAACAUGGGAAGACAUUGAGAAGAUGAAAUAUUCUUGGAAUGUUGCUCGAGAAUCACUUAGGGUUACACCUCCUGCACAAGGGGCUUUUAGGGAAACCACAACUGAUUGUACCUUUGCAGGUUUCACAAUUCCAAAGGGCUGGAAGACAUUUUGGACAGUGCAUUCAACACACAAGAACCCAAAAUACUUCCCAGAUCCUGAAAAGUUUGACCCGUCAAGGUUCGAGGGGCGCGGUCCAGCACCCUACACAUUCACCCCGUUUGGAGGAGGUCCUAGGAUGUGCCCGGGAAAAGAGUAUGCUCGCCUAGAAGUGUUGGUCUUCAUGUACAACGUUGUCACAAGGUUCAAACUCCAGAGAGCAAAUCCCAAUGAGAAUAUUGUGUUCCAUGCUUCUCCUACCCCGGUUGAAGGCCUCCCCGUUCGCCUCAUUCCCCAUCAAAAUAUUCAAGAUUAGUAUGGCCUUUGUGUGUCCAAAAAUCGUCCAUUGUUUGAUCUUCGAUCUUUAUUUUAAAAUCAGCAUGGUCCCAACAUAUCGAGAAAUAUAAUCAUUCAUCGUUUAAUCUUCUUCGUUUUAAGAUUAGCAUGGUCUCCAUCAAGAAAUCGUCUUCCACAAUUUUCAAAUCCAAUAAAGCCCUUUGUCUAGCCGUUGCAAUAAUAUAUGUUUUACUUUUAGCAUUUGCUUGUUAUGCAAUUAUAAUCUUGAAAAUUUUAAAAUUAUACAUGUACACUGUCUCGUUUUUCUUUUGUUUAUUUGAAAGUUAAUCCAUUAUAUAUAUUUUUCAUUGUGUA